GUAAUUCGGAUAAAUUUUUCUUGGACUACUAUAAAGUGCGAGAAAAAAAAAUUUCACUCUAUGUUAAAAUUUGAUCAGAAAAAUUUUCAAAUUUCAUUAAUGUCGUAGUAUUUGAUUCGAAGGAGAAAAAAAAAAAGCAUUCGCUGAAGCCUAGUUAGCUCCCUGAAAAACGUAACUAACUCAAAACUUGUCGCUCGUGUUUACAAACUUGCUGUUGGUGACCCUGUCCCGUCGAACUUGUGGCAACAACACGAUAACACUCGACGUGAUUAAACUGGUCCGUGGUUCAAGGUCUCCGGAGUUCAACAUUAGCUGUUUGUGUGCCAAGUUGUCAGCAACGGAGCAGUGUUGAAAACUGCAGCUCGGAUAAUUUACAAGUUUCCGUUCGGGAAUCACAAUGCUGAAAAAGGAACAAGUACAAUUCUACCGAGACAACGGCUUCAUCAAACUGGAAAAUGUCUUCUCGGACGCUGAAUUCGAGGUCAUAUCUCGCGAGUACGACAAAGUAUUUGAACGGAAGAAAAGCCAGAACCUGGAGGCGACUUGGAAAGGUGAUAUUGUACGGAAAGAAACCCAAAACAAAGAAGUUUCCGUUCUGUCCAUCCACAACCUGCAGUACCACUCGUCCGUCUUCACGGACGUCAUCACGCACCGGCGGCUGCUGGACGCCGUGCAGGACGCCACGGGCAUGAGUGACAUCCUGCUGCACCACACCAAGGCCCACGUCAAGCCCCCGGAGAAGGGGGCGCCCUUCCCCAUGCACCAGGACUACCACUACUUCCCGUUCAAGAAGCACUCGAUGGUGGCGGUGUUCAUCCACAUGGACGACACCACGCCGGAGAACGGGGGGCUGGCCGUGUACCCGGGCUCCCACAAGCUGGGCCCGCUCGAGGACAAGGGAACGGAAAUCGACGGCAUGAAGUACCACUACGUCGACCAGGAAAGAUUUCCCCUGAGCAAGGCGACCCCGGUGCUGGCCAGGAAGGGAGACGUGCUGAUAUUCUCCUACCUCCUCGUACACGGCAGUUACAUCAACUCCUCGGAAAAGGAACGAAGAAUGCUCCUCAUUCAGCUGAUGUCCGCCGACGACGAGCCGUUGUCGCAGACGAACAGUACCCCGGCGCAAGGCCUGGUCCUGCGAGGGGAAAACGUCGGCAAGGACGCCAGACAUGCCAUGCGCUUCGACAACAAGGGAGAAUGAUCGUGACCGUUCCACGGUCGUCAAGCUAUACCCCCCCCCCCCCCCCCCCCCCCCCA